AUGGAGGCCUUCGCAAUUGCGAUUGCCCAUGAGUACAAGCCUUCGGUCGAUACUUACGCAGAAGACAAGGAGAAUCGUGAAAUGAUGAUCAUGGAGUUUGUCUCAGAUCAGGCUUUGGAGGGCAAGGGCUAUAAUCUUGAGAUUCAACCCCUUUCGAUUGCUGAAGGUGUGGAUUCUAUCGACGCCGACCCCUUGAUCCAGGUCGCCGACUCCAUAACUGAUGAUGAAGGCCGGGGACAAGGGCCCAGAAGCACAGGCGGAAAUUGGAAAAUCAACAAAUUUCUGGAUCGUCAACGGGAAACCGCUAAGACCAAUACCGUCAAGCACAAUCUUCCUGCACAGUAUGAGAACUUCGCAGGCAGAGACGAGGAUCUCAGUCGCAUCCAUGAUUCGUUAUCCUCACAGAGCCGUGUGUGCGUUCUCACCGGUGUCUCCGGUAUUGGAAAAACUGCUACGGCGGUGGAGUAUGCUUAUCGCCUGGGUAUUGAGUACUCAUAUGUCUUUUGGGUGGAGGCCGAGUCCCCGGGACUGCUUGCGGACAAGUAUGCUUCGAUAGCCGAUGCUCUCAACCCCGGCCGCGACAGCUCUCAAGACGAUGAUAAUCUAAUUUUCCGUGUGAGGGAGACUCUAUCGGUUCUGGAUAAAGACUGGUUGUUGAUCUUUGACAACGUCGUCGCUUGGACCGAUAUCAGCCCUUACGUCGCGAAGGCCUUGACCUCUAGUCGAGGUUCUGUGCUUAUCACUACCCGAGAAAAUCCUCUUCAAUCCGCUCCAGCAUGGCUCCAUCAACGCCGGUUUCAAUUAGGACCCUUGUCGACCGAACACGGACGCGAGUUCCUUCUCACGUCAAUCCAUCCACGCAUGCGCAAAGAGGAUCUCGAAAACGACGAGGAUUAUGCUCUUGCAGCGAAGACUGUCAACAUACUGGGAGGUCUCCCCUUAGCAAUCAGCAUGGUCGUUGGAUAUGUCAAAGAGUCUCGUUGCACUCUGAGCGAUUUUCUUGAGAUGUGGGAAGAGAAAGAGUUGAGAAGCAGGAAGCCAAACACCACUAGCAUGGCCAGCGUGUACAUCGACACUGUCGACUCGCUUUGGGAUAUCGGCAUUCGUGAGGUUCCAAGUAACAGUCGAAAGUUACUCAACAUUCUCGCUUUUUUGAACCCUGACCGGAUACCCAAGAGCCUGCUUGUUGACAAUCACGAGGAAGAUUACCUUGAUUUGCUCCAUGCUUCUGAAUCACUGAGCUACAAUCGAAUGAUCACCAAGCUGAAGAGUCGAAGGCUUAUCACUAUCAAAGAGGCACCUGGUGCAGAGACUGAAUACACGAUUCAUCGACUACUGAAGCAGAAGAUCAUGGGCGAUAUGGAUGAUUACAGCAUCGCUGACGCCUUCCGUAUGACAUUCCGUCUCAUACGUAAACGGUUUCCCCGGGCAAACCCCCAGCAGGUUCCAAAUCCGACGAACUGGACAACUUGUCAGGAGUAUAUGCCCCACAUCGACAGCUGCCAUCAGGUCUUUGCGAAGGAGCGGAAGCGAAUACAGCGCCUCUCGGCCGUGAAUUCCCUCGAGGUAGCUGAGCUCUUCUACGACGCUGGGUUUCACAUCUGGUCAAGACGCGGCACGCUCUACGACGGACUGGAGCUUCUGCAGACAGCGAUCAGUUUGCUCGACGAGAUCAACUACGAUCGUGACUCGAAGCUACGUGCAGACAUCAACUGCAUUCUCGGCCUUUUGCUGCUCGAGUUGAGUUGUGAAGAUCGCGUCAAAGGCACCGACCGUCUGCUGGAAGCACGCCGCAUCCGCAAAGUUAUUUAUGAGCAGAACCCUGAGGAUCACGAUACCGAUGUGUUGCGCAUGAAUGCCAACUCAGACUAUGCUCUCUGCCUCUUGAACUAUCAUAAGUUUGACGAGGCUGGUGAUGAAAUGGUCAAAUGUUUCGAACGCUACCAAGUCUGGGGACCACCGGAUGAGAAUCCGUUUGAGAAUUCGAAGUAUUAUGGCAACUAUAGCAUUGUACUUAUGUUCCAGGGAAAGAUGGAAGAGGCUAUUGGAUCAGUGCGCAAGUGUCUCGAUCUCACCGAGCGAUUCUCCGGGAAAAAGGCUCAAUGGUACCGCCGAUUGUUCUUAUUGGCAAGUAUCUAUCUCCAGAAGGGCGAGCUUCAAAUAGCGCUCGAAUAUCACCUUGAGAUUCUCAAGGCUAGGUUGGAGAUCGACGGCAAACACGACUCAAACUUCAUCCUCAGUCUUUAUGCGGUUGCCUCAAUGUAUCAUCACAUGGACAAAGUGGAUGACGCCAUGUAA